AGCCUUCUAAACGCAACAAAAUUAACAUAAAAUCAAAAACAACAACCACAAAAAAUAAAAACAAAACAAAAGAAAAUCGAAUUUCCGGCUAGCAGAUGUCUGGAUAAAGGAAACGCCACCUGGAGGACCAAUGGAUGAAAAUGCAGCCGUCGUCGUCGUCACUUUUGUCGUCGUCGUCGUUGUCCUCCAUUUGUCAGAGCUUUUGUCGUCAGCAGCAGCAACAGCAGCAGCAGCAUUCAAAGCAGGCAGAGCAGCAGCAGCAGCAAUCCCGGAGAAGCAGAAGAGCAGAUCAGGUGGAGAAACGGGAUCUGCUAGCCUUCACCUACGUGCUGAUUCCUGCGACAGCGCUGCCUCAGCUGGCGUUGUUUGCCAGCAGCAGACGCUCAGCAGAAGCUGCAGUGGCCGCCUAAGUUGCGCCGGCAUCCUUUAGAGGGCGCCAGACAACACAACUGUUAUAUACACCGAAGAAAGAGAAGAAGCAGCCACAAAAAAAAAGAGGAGAAAGCAGCCGCAGAAGAAACACAAAACAAUAGAUAUAGAAAGAAAAGUUGCGAAGCCACAUCCGAAACUUAAGGAAAGAUAGAGGAGAGGAGGCACCGAAUUGAGCAGCCGCAGCGGUAUUUCGACAAACAAAAUGGCGGAUGGUGGGCAUUCAUUCGUGAAGAAGACAUUUCAUAAGCCAACUUACUGUCAUCACUGCUCGGAUCUGCUCUGGGGCCUCAUCCAGCAGGGCUACAUAUGCGAGGUUUGCAACUUUAUCAUACACGAACGAUGUGUCACGAAUGUGGUAACACCCUGUUCCGGCAUCGCUCCAUGCAUUAUAAAGAAUCCCGUUGCCCAUUGUUGGUCCGAGCCAACGCAUCACAAGAGGAAAUUCUGCACAGUUUGCCGUAAGCGAUUGGAUGAAACGCCAGCGGUGCAUUGUCUAGUUUGCGAAUAUUUCGCGCAUAUUGAGUGCCAAGAUUUUGCCGUGCCCGAUUGCACAGAGAAUGCCACCUAUGUGCCCGGCAAGGAGCUGCUUAAUGUGAAGCAUCAACACCAUUGGCGAGAGGGCAAUCUUCCAUCAACGUCCAAAUGCGCAUACUGCAAGAAGACCUGCUGGUCCUCGGAAUGUCUCACUGGCUAUCGCUGCGAGUGGUGUGGCAUGACCACCCAUGCCGGAUGUCGCAUGUACCUGCCAACCGAAUGUAAUUUUGGUAUUCUACAACCUAUCUACUUACCUCCGCAUUCAGUCUCGAUACCACGCACCGAGGUGCCCAUCGAGGCGAUCAUCGGCGUUCAGGUCAAGUCGAAAACGACGCUCGUGCGCGACUAUUCGUGUCUGGGAGAGACGAGCACCGAGCUGGAACCGGACCAGGAGCGCCACGACGACCAAGAGGAGGAUGAAGACGACGACUACGUUGGCACGGAGGCGGACAGCGCCCUGCAGCUGACGACUUCCACCUCGAACGUUCUUGGACCGCUGCAAAAGUCGCCGUCGACCAACUCAUCGCUGCAUCUGCUCUACACGAGCAUCUUCAGGAAGCUGGGACACGGCAGAAGACGCCGGAAGCGCGGCGGUGGGAUAUCUCAGAGCGAGGAAGACGAUGAGGAGGAGGAGGAGGACGAAGACGAGGUGGAUGGCGGUGUCUGUGAUAUAAGCGGUGGCGACAUCAGCGACGACUACGACCACUGUGACGUGGCCCUGCGUCGGCGUGAAAGAGCCGCACGCCGGCAGCCGCGAGAAGUCAGCGAGACGGACUACCACGGCGACGCAGAAAUGGAGACGGCGCCCCGGGAGAGCUGCUACGAGACCUCGGACACCGGCGGCGAUCUGACGAACACGGAUGAGCUCGACUCCAGCAUGAAUCUGAUCAGCAACCUUAGCUAUAAUAGUAGUAAUAGUAACACCUCCCAUGCCUCAAGAGCUGCCCACCCACCUACAGCUGCUGCUGCUGCCACAGGCACCGCAGCUGCCACUGCCACUGCCACUGCCAUCGCCACUGCGACUGCUACUGCGAGUGGUAAAAAUCCAAAUCCAAAGACUGGGGCCGCUCCGGCGGCCAAGCCCAAGCCCAAGACCAUACUCAGUGUCUCGAAGUACAAGCACAAGGUGGCCGGAAAGGGCGGAUCCCUGAGUUCGCCCAACUCCAGCGACUGCUCCUCGGCCUCACCCUCAGCGAUGGCGAGCGGCUCCCUCACCCACACACUGCUCCAGCUCUCGCCCGUGGGACGGAGCAAGUCCUUCCAGGAGCCAGGCGUCAGUGUGUCCCGCUACAAGAAGUACGGACGCGGUCUGUUCCGACGGCGAUCCAAGCGAUCGCCGAAGAACACGGCUGGCAGUGGAGUGGCGGGUGCAGGCGGCGGUGUGAAGAGCAACUACAGCCUGGACAGACUGUCGCAAAACAUAGAGAUAACCAUCCAGGACGAGGAUGGUAACUACCGGCCAUAUGACGACAACUACCACAUGCUGGCGCGCCGCACUGCUGGCCACGAUGCCACCGACGUGGAUGAUGACGUGUGCUUCGAUGAUCUCUACCUGGACGAUCGGCCCGGCGGACAGAGCGACGAUCUAGCGGCCUUUGCCGGCGACAUCAGCGAUGGCGGUGCCAGCAGUCGAUCGCGUGCCAGCGAUGCCAGCGAUGGCCAUGUCCUGGGGCGACUCCUGCGGCAUGUGCGGGGCCUCUCCGUCGGCUGGCGCAAGCCGCGCUAUCAAAAGCGCAGAGCACGCAGCAUAUCCGAGGAGUUCAGCAGCGGCGAUACGCCCCGCUUCAAGGAUGAAGAGUCCGCCAGCAAAACCGAAUCGGGCCAUGGACCCAGCAGUGGUGGUGGCGAAAGAGGAGGCGGUGGCGCCAGUGGCAGUGGUGGUGGAGGCGGAGGAGGAGGCUCCAGCACUGCUGGCGGAUCUGCGGCACCGUCGGGUGGUGGCGGUGGUGGUGGUGCCGGUGGCGGUGGCGGUGGCUCCGGUCAUUAUAGUAGGCCCGAUUCCGCUAGCCACAAGUCGGAUGCCAAGUCCGAUGCCAAAAUGGAAAGAGACCGCGAGAAGAAGGAAAAGGAGCGCGAGGAGAAGGAUAUAGAGAUGAUCAAGGUAUUCGAUGGCAACAACUCAUUCCGCCGACAACAGUACCGCGUGAUCAUUGUGCAGCGAACGUAUACGCUGGAGCAGCUGCUGACCACCGCACUGCGGGCCUUCCACAUCACUCGCGAUCCGCAGGCCUUCUAUCUGACCGAUCUGUAUGCACCCGCUGGCAUGGAGGACACCCCAAUGCUGGACCCAACCCCAGUGCUCAGUCUGGUGCACUUGGAAGGCAAGCGACCGGCGAUAUAUCUUCGGUUUCACGACAGGGAGAAGGGCCAUGUUCGCGUGUAUCCUGGGAAGCUGCAGUGUGCCAUGGAGGAUCCGUAUGUCAGUGUGCCUGUGGAUAAUAACACAGUCAUCAAGGAUUUGAUACGCGAUGCUCUGGACAAGUUCGGGCUGCAGGAUAACCAGAUACAGGAUUACAGAUGCUCGGAGGUGCUGCUCGAUCGUGGCGUGACCGAACGCAUCCUCUCGUGGAACGAGAGACCUUGGGAUAUUACGAAGCAGCUGGGCAAGGACUCCAUACGCCAAAUGGAGCUGAUGCGCUUCUACAUGCAGCACAAGCAGGAUCCCCAUGGACCCAACAUUGCCCUCUUUGUGGGCAAUCUGCCCACAGGACUCUCGCAGCGCAACUACGAGCAGAUCCUCAACAAGUACGUCACCGAUGAGAAUAAGUUCAUCAGCAUUGGACCCAUCUACUACGAGUACGGCUCUGUGGUCCUGACCUUUGAGGAUGCCCAGAAGGCGGUUCGAGCCUUCUAUAAUCUCCGCGAGACGAUCAUCGAGGACAAGAAGCUGCUGGUGCUGCUCUUGCCGAACAUUGAGCCCAGCAUGGUGCCUUCCGAUGUGCGACCGCUGCUGGUCUUUGUCAACGUCAAGUCUGGUGGCUGCCAGGGCCUGGAGCUGAUCUCCAGCUUCAGGAAAUUGCUGAAUCCCUAUCAGGUCUUCGAUUUGGAUAAUGGAGGUCCUCUGCCAGGUCUGUAUGUUUUCCGCCAGAUAACGAACUACAAGAUUCUGGUUUGUGGCGGUGACGGCACCAUCGGAUGGGUGCUGCAGUGUCUGGACAAUGUUGGCCAGGACUCGGAAUGCUCUAGCCCACCGUGCGCCAUUGUUCCACUCGGAACGGGCAAUGAUUUGGCUCGGGUCCUGUGCUGGGGCUCUGGCUAUACCGGCGGCGAAGAUCCGCUGAAUUUGCUGCGGGAUGUGAUCGAGGCCGAGGAGAUACGGCUGGAUCGCUGGACCGUGGUCUUCCAUCCGGAGGAUAAGCCCGAAGAGCCGGCCAUGAAGGCGCCGUCCCAAACAACCGGUAAGAAGAAGAAGGCACACCAAGCACAUCUAUCGCAAUCGCAAUCGCAACAAACCAAUCAGCAUCAUCAAUUACCGGCUCUGACAUCGAGUGAUAUAUCAGGUGGGGCCCAGAACGAGGACAACUCACAGAUCUUUGUGAUGAACAACUACUUUGGCAUUGGGAUCGAUGCCGAUCUGUGCCUGGACUUCCACAAUGCUCGAGAGGAGAAUCCGAAUCAAUUCAACUCGCGGCUCCGCAACAAGGGCUACUACGUCAAGAUGGGCCUCCGGAAGAUUGUCGGACGCAAGGCGGUCAAGGAUCUGCACAAGGAGCUGCGCCUUGAGGUCGAUGGCAAGAUUGUGGAACUGCCGCCAGUUGAUGGCAUCAUCAUUUUGAAUAUAUUAAGCUGGGGCAGCGGCGCUAAUCCCUGGGGUCCCGACAAGGAUGAUCAGUUCUCCACACCUAACCACUACGAUGGAAUGCUGGAGGUGGUGGGCGUCACUGGCGUUGUCCAUUUGGGCCAAAUCCAGUCGGGCAUUCGCACGGCCAUGCGCAUAGCACAGGGUGGCCACAUUAAAAUACAUCUGAACACGGACAUGCCCGUUCAGGUUGAUGGCGAGCCCUGGAUCCAGAGUCCCGGCGAUGUUGUGGUUCUCAAGUCGGCUCUCAAGGCCACCAUGCUGAAGAAAACGAAGAGUAAGCGCCGCCUCACGGAGCCGCAUAUCUCGCCAGCGGUCCUGAGUCUCUCUGUGGCACAGUCGCAGGCACAACAGCAGCAGCAGCAGCAGCAGCAACAGCAGCAGCAACUACAAUUGCAACAGCAGCAGCAGCAAUCGCAGCAGCAGCAGCAACAGCUGCCAGAGAACGGCGAUAAGGAGGCGGCGGGGGCAUCAUCAAUGGUGCUGCCCCCUAGCUUUGGCAGCACCUAGAGCUUACCCUCCGCCUAUGCCUCGGGCCUGAGAUAUUGGUUUUCCUGUUUUUUCCCAUAGUCAAAGUAAUGAAACGAAACGCAACAGUAAACUUAAUUCACACACAAAAACGAGUAGCAGGGAAACAGAGGCGUGGCGUGGCGUUCCAUAUCCACAUCCAUAGCACAGCGAGCAUCGUCUUGUAAUCAUAUUAAAGCUUAAAACAACAAGAGCAAACUCCAAUUGCGAAAGCAAACUUAAACUUAAUCUUCCAUUCAAGGAGAAUCAACAGUAACGUAUAUCAUUAAACGAGAAACGAAAACAAAAACAAAAACCAAAGUAAAGACACAAGUAAACAAAA